AUGCCGAUCUCUGGACGAUUGCGAGUGGCAGAGAGCGCAAUACUGUGGGCGGUGGACACGCAACGCAAUGCAAAUGUACGCUACACGAUACUAGCUUUUAGGAAGAAGGAGAUGGCACUUAACUAUGCGGCGGAGAACAACGUUAUGCUACCAAUUCUGGUUAUCAUGGCUAAUUUAGAAGCGGUCAUCGGUAAAUUUCGCCGAUCCACACUGGAACAGUGUGGUGGGCUGAAUGCUUUAAACUGGUUUGAGACUAUUGUUAAUAUAAAAUUGAGAGUAAAGUAG